AUGGCGACAACGACGACGAGAUCCCCAGCCCUCGAGGAACGCCAAACGCGAGUCGUGACACAAACCCUCACCCGACCAUCCACCACCAUCACGGCCGUGGUCACCCUCGGGAGCGAGCCGGCUAUUAUCUCCACACUCAGUCCCAACAGCCCGACCAUAAUUCCUACUCCCACUUCAACCACAUCCACAGCACCCGUCGGGCCCGCAACCCCAAGCAGUCUCACCAACUCACAACUGGGCGCCAUCCUGGGCUCCGUCCUGGGCUUCGCCUUCCUCGUGCUCCUCUUCUGCUGCUGCUGCCUCUCCUGCCGCCGCCGCCGGCCGCCGCUCGAUACGACAUACACCGACUAUGCGGAGUACGAGAGCGACGCUGUUCAACAACAACAGCAACAACAAGAGGCAGCCCGGACGUGGAACAACUACUACGACUACUGGGACAGGCGCCGGGUGGCCACGGGGACGUGGACUACAAGGCCGCCACCCGUCCGGUUCCCGCCCACGCCGCGGUAUUAUGCUCACGCAGGGCCGUAUCACUAUCGCCAGACCAGCGAGCCGCAGAUCCCUGGGCCGGGGGUGAGGCGAUACCACUGA